AUGUCUUGGCAGAUGGUAGAGAAUAAUAAUCUGCACACCAGUUCAACGCAAUGUAUGAUCCCGUUGAACUAUAUUAACGAGAAGCUCUUUUUGUUUCUAUGGUUCUGGAUUGUUAUCCUGAUAAUGGUCACCAUGGUCAACAUCGUGUUGUUUGUUGGAUCGAUCAUGAACAAAUCGCAAAGAGAAGACACUAUUCUGUCUUAUCUCAGAGCAAGUUACUACUGCUUUCUUGUUACUGUUAUGUUUUAUAUUGCCAGAUUUGGAAAGCUCCUUCCAUCCAGAAAGGGACUAGAUUGA